AUGUCUAAUUCUCAAGGAGAAGUGGGCGAAGAAAAUCAAAAUAGCCCAAAUAACUCAAAUAAUCCAAUGGUGCAACGAAUUUCCCUUGAGAUUCGAGGUCGAGAUCCAUCGCAAGUCAAAGAACUUGUUUUGGAUAAUUGUGGUCGAUGUACAACAUUACAAGGUUUAACAGACCAAUUUUCAAAUUUAAGAGUGUUAAGUGUCAUUAAUGUUGGGUUGACAUCGUUGAAAAAUUUUCCAAAACUACCAAAAUUAAAAAAACUUUAUUUAAGCGAUAAUCGUUUGACUAAUGGUUUAGAGAAUUUAGAAGGUUGUCCAAAUUUGUCAUUGUUAGUGUUGGCUGGAAACAAAUUUAAAUCAAUUGAUGAUUUAAAACCACUGACGAAAUUACCGAAAUUGUUAAUAGUUGAUCUUAUGAAUUGUGAAGUGACCCAGUCAGAUGGUUAUCCCGACAAUAUGUUUGAACUAUUACCACAGUUAAAAUAUUUGGAUAAUGUUGACAAAAAUGGCGUCGAAGCGGAAGAUGAUGAAGAGUUGCUUGAGGAUGAAGACGAAGGAAACGAAGAGGAUGAAGAAGAAGAAGAUGGGGAGGAGGAUGACGAUGAAGAAGACGACGAAAAACCUGGUUUAGAGGCGUUGUACGAUCACACGUUCGAAGAGGAUGACGAAGAAGAGAGUGAUUUUGAUGAAGAUAAAGUUGAUUCAGCUGAUGAAGAUGACGAUGAAUUGGACGAAGAUUUAGAUGAAUCAGCUAAUUCUGACUUGCAAAAUUCAACUAAUCCAAUCGAAGAAAUCUCUUCAACUACUACUACAACAACCACAAUAAUUGCAACAUCGCCAGUGAAAGCAGGGCAAAAACGCAAAAGAUCUCCAGCUAAUGAUGAAACUAAUGGAGAAGAAAACGAAGAUGAAGAUGAAACAAAUUUACAAAAAAUGACACCACUACAACAGUUUCAAGUAUACGAUUUUCAACAGCAACUACAAAAACCAAUCGUGGCUAAUCAAACAGUAUUACAAUCUCCAGCCAUUAUUGAUAUAGCUGAAGUACCAAGCAAUUUUUAUUUUUAA